CACUGCGUAUUGGUUGCCACCUAGCGGUCUUCCAUACUAUCCGUCAUUGGGAGCUUAUUUUGGGGAAAGGAUAAGCAGGAUGCAGGCGUGCAGCGUCAGGGCGACUGCCCUGUCGACCCUUGCUCCCACACGGCCAGUGUCUCGCGCGUUCACGCCUGUGGUCGCCAAGGCUGCGGAGUCGAGGAAGGCGAGCACGCAAGCACGCCAUAAGCGCCUUCGCAAAAAGCUUGACGGCACGUCCGAGCGCCCGCGCAUGGCUGUGUUCAAGUCCAACGAGCACAUCUAUGUGCAGGUCAUCGAUGACUCGGUCGGCCACACCCUGGUGUCGGCCAGCAGCGUCACGAAGGACAUGAAGGGCGCGCUGGAGAGCGGCGCGAACGUGGCUGCUGCGGAGGCUGUGGGGAAGAAGGUUGCGGAGCUGUGCCUGGCCAAGAACAUCGACAAGGUGUGCUUCGACCGUGGCGGCUUCAAGUACCACGGUCGUAUCCAGGCUGUUGCAGACGGAGCUCGUGCUGGGGGCCUUAGUUUUUAGGAGUGUUGUGGGCGCUCGCUUGGACAUGGACGGACCGGGUGGCGCUGGGCUGUGAGCUUCUGGGCGCGCAGUUGUGGCUCUCGCCGGCCGCGGUUAUCUUUCAGGGUUGCUGACAUACUUUAUUAUGGGGGGAAGCGCGUUGGAGCGUUGGGCAGCGCUGUAUGUAUGGAAGUCUUGACGGCAGUGGAGGAGAGAAUAGCGGCCGAAGCGGCGACAGGUCCCGUUCUGCAGAGGAGUUGGGGCAGAAGCCAGCCAUUUAACUUGCGCUGCUGCGCUGAACACUGCGCAACGAACGGGUUGUCAGUCACCACCUUUCUGCCCUACACCUUCACAUACGUAGAAAUCAGUGACAGUAGUCUGUACUGUCCGCUGGCUUCCAUGUGCUUGAGCGGAUAUGUGGAAUCGUCACUGCGCCGGCGAGCUGUAGCUUGCAUCCGAGCUGAGGACGUCGUUAGACCCUUCUUUGCGGCAUUGUUGAUGUGAAGCCAGCUGCCGUGUGGUGGAGAGCGCCAGGCGACAGGUCCUGCGGUUGUUACUGGCAGAUCCAUGUACUGAUGCUAACGGAUGGUAGAAGCCUGGGGACUUCUAUUUCGGUGUUAAGAGCUGCGAAGUACGGUGGUGUACGGUUUGCGUUAUGCACGAGGAGAAUGGCGAUUCAUUAUCGACGGAGCAACGUGUCGUGUGAGAAGGAAGAAGAAGCUCGCAGUUUUGUGGCUUUGUCUUGCGGAAGGGGAAAUUUUCAAUUUUCUCCCCCUCCUGUAAGUGCUUCGAAUGCGGAUAUCCUUUGUAAAGUGAUAAGAUGAUG